AUGGGAGCUCAAUAAUCUGUAGCAGAAGGAAUUAUUAAAUCAAAGAACUUCACAAUAUUAGGAUAUAAAGAAAAUGAUAUUUAUGGAUCAUUUAAAAUAAUAGAAUCACAAGGAAAUUAAUAUGCAAUGGUUUCUAAAACCUGCCAAAAUGAAGAAAGCUAUAUUAAUUUUUGCAGAAUAUUAAAAGAGACUUAAUAAUUAAAUAGAAUAAAUCAACUUGUAAAAUUGGUUGAAGUAGAUAUGCAAGAAGAAUCUAAUUUAUGUAGUACUUUCUAUAAGGUAUCGGCUUUAUACGAAUAUUAUGAUACUACUUUAAGGGAAAUAACUAAAUAAGCAUCAGUAAACUGUUUGUUUGUAUUAAAAUCUUUAUCUGAAGGAUUAAUAGAAUUAUACUCAAACAAUUUAGUACAUGGAAAUCUAACACCUGAUUUUAUACUAAUUGAUAAAUCAAAAGGAGAAGUGAAACUGAAUAAUUGUACUUAACUUACUGGAUAUAAUCAUUAUAAGCGCAUUCUAGCUAGUGAUGGAACUUGGUAUUUAUCUCCUGAAUUAGUCGCAGCAAUAGAAAAGAAGAAUUUAAGACCUCAAUAUAAUCAUGAAAAGAAUGAAGUUUAUUAAUUAGGAUUGAUAGCCUUAGAACUGUGGGGAAAUGUAAAUAUAUAAUCUUUUUACAAUAAAUAAUCUUGCGUUUUAAAUAAAAGUACAAAAGUAUUGUUUAGCUUUAGUUAUUAUAAAUGAAGCCAUAGAUGAAUUUGGCGUAAAGAAUGGUUAAGUUUUGAAAAAUGUUAAUCAAAUAGAUGUUGGAAGAGGACCCUAAUAGUAGGCCUACAAUGGCAGAACUAAAUGCUGUUUUUGCACAAUUAUAUGAGAAUUAAUUACAAAUUAUAGAAGAAGAACCUAAAGUACUUUAAAAUGCCUAACCAAUUACACAAUAAUAAGUUGUUACCUUAUGUGAAUUAAAUUAAGAAGAAGAAGUUCAUUAAGAAAUAGUAGAAAUCCACGAAGAGUCUUUCUAACAUUAGAAUGUAAAUAAUUCUAAUGAAAUUUGUAAAUAAUAAUUUGAAGAAUCCCCUAAAAAGGUAGAAAAAUCAAGUGUUCAUCUACAUCCAUAAUCUUUGAAAUCUUCAAUAUCUUAAUCUAUAAAGGAAUACUAUGUUACUGGAUCAAUUGCUGCUUAAUUUGGUUAAUUGACUUUCCUUGAAAAUAAUACUGAAUAUUAGUCUAUUGGAGCUGCUCAAUUUGAAAAUCAUCAUGAUUUAGAUCAAGAUGUAUUACAAGAGAAACCUUAAAAUAUAUAACAAAAUUCAACUAAAAGUCAUGAAUCAACAAUCAUAAAAAAGAGUGUUAAAGUGAACUGUAAUCCUCAAAAUAAAAAAUCAAUUUUAAUCAAAAGACCAAAACGUGAAUCUUUAGAAACUAAACUUCCAAAAUAAGCUGUAGUUAUAACUAAAAGAAGAUGA